AACCCCACAUGUGGCACAGGUGGCAUUUUCACUUAGAGACUGGAACAAUGGGAGCUCUGCGGGCCUUGCUUGUUUGCGUGCUGACUGUGUGGUUUACCAAAGGCUCUGGUUUGCCAGUUGGAGGCACAACAGAAAGUCAGGAUGAUGAGCUGCAGAGAGUGAGAGAGUUUUUGUUGCAACAAGAUGCUGAUGGAGACUAUAACACAACGGGCCUCACCAAUGUGACGACCCCAGCGCCGACCCCGACGACGACGACCCCAGCGCCCACGACGGCGGCCCCGACGACGACCCCAGCGCCCACGACGGCGGCCCCGACGACGACCCCAGCGCCCACGACGGCGGCCCCGACGACGACCCCAGCGCCCACGACGGCGGCCCCGACGACGACCCCAGCGCCCACGACCCCAGCGCCCACGACGGCGGCCCCGACGACGACCCCAGCGCCCACGACGGCGGCCCCGACGACGACCCCAGCGCCCACGACGGCGGCCCCGACGACGACCCCAGCGCCCACGACGGCGGCCCCGACGACGACCCCAGCGCCCACGACGGCGGCCCCGACGACGACCCCAGCGCCCACGACGGCGGCCCCGACGACGACCCCAGCGCCCACGACGGCGGCCCCGACGACGACCCCAGCGCCCACGACGACGACCCCAGCGCCCACGACGGCGCCCACGACGACGACCCCAGCGCCCACGACGGCGGCCCCGACGACGACCCCAGCGCCCACGACGGCGGCCCCGACGACGACCCCAGCGCCCACGACGGCGGCCCCGACGACGACCCCAGCGCCCACGACGGCGGCCCCGACGACGACCCCAGCGCCCACGACGGCGGCCCCGACGACGACGACGACCCCAGCGCCCACGACGGCGGCCCCGACGACGACGACGACCCCAGCGCCCACGACGGCGGCCCCGACGACGACGACGACCCCAGCGCCCACGACGGCGGCCCCGACGACGACGACGACCCCAGCGCCCACGACGGCGGCCCCGACGACGACGACGACCCCAGCGCCCACGACGGCGGCCCCGACGACGACGACGACCCCAGCGCCCACGACGGCGGCCCCGACGACGACGGCGGCCCCAGCGCCGACGACGGCGGCCCCAGCGCCGACGACGGCGGCCCCAGCGACGACGACGGCGACCCCAGCGCCGACGACGGCGGCCCCGACGACGACGACCCCAGCGCCGACGACGGCGGCCCCGACGACGACGACCCCAGCGCCCACGACGGCGGCCCCAGCGCAACCCUGAUUGUGUCUGGCAUGGUCACAUUAGGAGGCAAUUAACGUUUGGGACUUGGUGGACCAUAUGCAAGACUUCUUUUGACUGUCUUUUUGC